UGACAAGGUUUAGGACGCAAAUGGAUGGAAAUAGUUUUGCUUUCUUAGAUGACAUAUACAUCAGUAAUAGUAUCUGUUCAGCAACUGUUAUUUGCAACGAUGGAGGGUUUCGUUGUCUUUUAAGUAAAGAAUGUAUAAAUGGGACUAUGUUCUGUGACAGAAAGAGAGACUGCAGCGAGGGGAGUGAUGAACAUAAUUGCAAUUAUAAUUCUAAGAAUUCCAUCGUUUUUGGAAGUUCAGAGUACCCACAGAGUCCCUCUUGUGGCAUCAAUGCAAAUAAAACCAAUUCUAAACUGAAAAAUUCUUCUAAUGAUCAUCCUGCAAUGCAGAUAAAAAGUCUGGAUAAAGAUAAAAUACAAAAUGAUGCUAAAAAUAUAAAGAAUGAUGCUAGAUGCGCAAUAUUUUCAAGUGUAUGCACAUGUAUUAUAAGCGAUCCAUCUCUACGAUUUAAAUCGUUAUCUUGGAAAGAAUGUUCAAGUAUCAAAGCAGUAUUUUAUCUCUUUUUUGAAUUGCAAAAUCUUACGUGUUUGGAAGUGUCUCUUCCUAACAACCAGUUAUUUUCUAUCUAUUAUUUCAAUAUAGUAGAUUCAAAUAUUUCAACAAUUGAGAUUAUGAAAAAAAAGAUGACAACUUUACAACAUAUCACAAUCCGUGAUUCCAUUGUUGAGAAUCUUACCAUAACUCAAGGGAAUAAUGCAUCAGAGCAACUACAAACGCUGCAACUAAUAAACUGCACGAUCAAACGGAUUAUUGAUUUUUCUUCCAAUGUUAUACCCUUUAUAAAAGAAGGAGAUUUUAAUGAAUCUACAUCCUUGCAAAUACUUAAAUUACAGGGUAACCUUAUUGAAUACAUUUCGGGCAACACAUUUAAGGACAUGAUAUCGUUAUAUCUUCUUGAUCUCUCAAGUAACUUAAUCACAAAAAUAAGGAAAAAUUAUUUUAUAGCCUUAAAGAAUCUAAAUUAUUUGUAUUUGAACUAUAACAGGAUAAAUGAUAUUGAUGCGAUGGCGUUUUCCAAUUUAAUUUCUCUAUAUACUCUAGAUUUGUCAUACAACGACAUUACGCAUUUUGAAGCAGGACUGUUUUUAGCUCUAGAAUAUCUAGAAUAUCUUUAUAUACAUAAAAAUCGAAUUAAAGCUGUAGAUGGGAUGUUUUGGGGAUUAUUUGAUCUAAAAGUCCUUAAAGUUGAUGCUUUUUCUAUCUGCUGUGCAAAGCCUCGUAGCCGUAAUGAUGUGCAUUGCGUUGCUCCAAUAAAUGAAAUUGCUUCGUGUGAGCAUUUAAUCAAUGCUCCUGUCUUAAAUGUUGGCAUUUGGUAUAUUGCUUUUCUUGCCACCGUCGGGAACAUGAUUGCGAUGAUUUGCAGCAUUUCUACAUUUAGAACAUCCUCAUUUGCAUAUUUCAUUUUCUCAAGAAAUUUGAGUGUUGCCGAUUUCCUUAUGGGUAUCUAUCUCUUCAUAAUAGCUAUUACUAAUUUGAUAGGGUGGUAG